AUGCCGCCGCGCACGAGGUCACGGAUGGAGCUGGUGCCAAGCGAGGUCGCGCCAGCUGUGAGCGAUGAUGCUUCCUUCCAGCUGGCUUCAAGCUGUGCCAAUGGCAUGAGCAAGCAGGAUCUGGGGAAGGAGCUGGCAGCAGCUGGGACUUGGCAGUUAGACCUUUGGAAGAAUGCCGUGCUUCGUUUGUUGGCGACCCCACAUCAGAGGCCCCUGGCAGCCGCCAACGCUUUGAGGGCUUUGGGAGCUGCUGGCUUUGAAGCGCGGCCCUCGUGUCCCAAACAGCUAGAGACUCUCUGCUGGUUGUUGGAUGUCACUGGCAGCCGUCGGGCGCCACCUGGCGAUGCGGUGGACAAAGGCAUCCGCUGGCGGGCAUGUGCUAUCCUUGAUGGCUUUCUCCGGGCAUUGUCAAGCCAAGGCUUUGCAAAACUCCCGGAAGAGCUACAACGUUGCUGCAUGUCCGUCCUAUUGGCCCGAUGUUCAGACCGCUGUGCCGACGUGCGCCACGUGGCCAGUGAAGCCCUGGAAGCCCUGGGCUGUUCGACGGACAAGGAGACUCUUGAGGUCUUGCGACAGAGAGCCUUGAACGAUCGCAAUGAAUGCGUCAGGGCUGCUUGCGCCUCUGCCAUCAUAGCUCAAGGUGAUCAUGAGCACGACUGGCUGGAUUUGGAGAUUAUCACGACUGCCAGUUUAGACAUGGCGCCACGGGUCCGUCGGCGCUUGCUGACGCACCUGGCACGCCUGGAUCGUUGGAAAGGGCGAGCUUCCUUGCAAACUGCCUGGCGGGAGGCAGUCUUGCGUGGAUUGGAGGAUCGUGUUCGUUCUGUGCGGCUGGCCGCUGUGCGAUGCUUUGUAGCUGAUGUGCAGCAGCUCGGAGACAGGGCCUUAUUGCUGGACGACGCAGAGCUCACUGCAGGAUCAACUAUGCGAAUGGUCAAUGGCAUCGUGGCCGUGGUGAACCAGCCGAACGGGCUCUUUGAGGAAAUAGAGGAGGGCUCCUCAUCUCGUGCUUUGCGGCAGCUUUUGCAUUGCUUCGAUCCAGUCAAGAGCAUUGAGAUCGCCUCUUCUCCGGAUGCCACGAUGGGACAAGUGCUGUGGGCGCGUAUCACCGUGACCCUGGGGACCUUGCUGGGCGAUGCUCCCAAUGCAGGGCACAUGGUGGCUGAGAUGCAAGACUGCAUGAGCAUGUUGCAAGGCUGCAAUCCGGAACACCUUGCACAGGUGCACUUCAAGCUCUGCCAGUGGUUGAACUGUGCUCUCGUCUGUCAGAUGCCUCCCGCUUCACCUGGUCGUCACGCCUUAGCACAUGCUGCUGGAGCGGCACUCCAGGUCUCGUCGGUGGACUUCGCGAGCACAGCGCUUCUUGAAGAUGGUGUAUUCCCGGGAAGCCUCCUGGGAGACGAGUGGCCGCGAGAACGACCGAGCUUCGAGCUGGCCAGGGUUUCCUUGCGACGGAGGUGGCAGCCGAGGGUGCUGCUUCUGCAGAAGGAAAGCAGGCGGCAGCUGUUACUGAGGUUUGGUUCUCCAACUUUGCAGCUGCCAUUUUCCACAGCUUGA